AUGACGCGGUUCCUAGACUCGGUCACUCUGCCCUCGCCUCUGUUGGUGUGUGCCUCCUAUCCUGUCCCGUCCUUAAUCGCAUCCUCGCCUUUCAUUCCUGUCAUUCGGUUGAACAGCGGAGUGACGAUGGAUCCCUCAGUAAUCAAAGCGAUAAAGACGAUGCGAGAUCGCGAGAAGAACAUGUUGGAGGAAUUGGAUAAGAACGAGAAGCUGAAGGCGAAACAUGAGGCUCGGAUAAAAGAACUCCAGGCACAAAUCCACAAGGAGCAGUCGGCACUGGGAGAGAUAGAAGAAAGGAAUCGCAAUAUUGCAGCAGAACUUAGCAGAUGGAGCGCUCAGAAAGAAGACAUCCAGCAGCUGUGCGUCGGGGGGACCCAACCUCAAAACAGUGACCAAAUCAUUAACGAUGGCGCUCCUCUCGAUCAGAUGUCGACAUCAAUUCAUCAGCCCCCACCUCAACUUCCACGACCUCCACGAACUCAGCGACCUCAGCGACCUCAGAGACCUCAGCGACCUCAGCCGAGAACGAUGCCCAGAUACGAAGUUAAGGACGAGAGGGAUCUUUGCACAUUCGUGAAGAGGUUGAACAAGCAGGUUCUUGUAGUGAUUCACCUCUAUCCACGCACAUUCAUGAGGAUGGGAGAAAAGGACAAGAAAAAUGUAGAGGAUAUGAUGAGGAGAUUCGCAAGCAAAGUGAAAGACUUGAAGAUUCUGGAAGUGGAUUCGGAUCAGGACUGGGCCGUCCGCUUCUUCGAAACGAUUAUUAAAGCGAAGAUCGAGAAGGGGGAUUCUGACACCGAUCCGAAGGCGGAAGAAGUCAUGAAUCUGACAGAACUCCAGCGCGACAUCCGGCAACACUGGACACUGAAGCCAGCACACUAA